AUGCCAUCUCCAGGCCCCCCUCAUGCAAAAGCAGAAGCAACGGUCGUCGUGCCCAUGGCCGUCCAGGCCUUCGUCGUCGCCGAUGACUUUGGAGACACGGCCUAUCAAAUGGCACCAAUUGUCCAGCCUGAUCUUCACAAGUUGCAGAGACUUCAACAGCCAGAAAGAUAUACUAAUCAAUCUACAAUCGAGGGAGGAGGGGAAUGGGAUCACCUCGAUCUCAUGGACUGGGUGGACACGAGCUGGUGGCGGCUGCAGGCUCUGUACAACCAACGCUUUCGACAUCUGGCAGCAGGAGGGCCACGUGAGAGCCGCUCUGGAGUCUAUCUCAGUUGGUGUUUGCCGAGUGUGUACCGAUCAGCCAUUACGGCGACAGAGAGUGCCGUUAAAACACCUCAAGACCGCCAGGCGUUUGAAGAGAGGAAGCUUCGGAGUGGAUACAGGGUAACGGAUAAGGACGGUAGCCCGAUAUCGAGUCAGACUACUCAGUUCCGUGCUGUGCCUGAUCGCUGGAUGGUCUUCAGAAAGCUCCGGAGCGGAGGCAAUGGCGAAGUGAUUGGAAAGGAGAGGUGGCUGAUGGUUGAAAGUAACUGUCUGCGCGCCAUUGACGACGACGAACUCCUCGACCCCAACGCUCCAGAUAUUGAAAUCACCACAGCUGCUGGCAUCGAUCCAGAGGAUAUGGGACCAGCCAACCGGGAGGAGAAAGAACCCCCCAAGCCUAUGGUGAUGGGCCGCCAGGCUGACCUGGACACGAAGAAUAACACCACGGAGGGUAACAGGAAGCACCGGGUCCCAUUCAACGCGUUUGAGAUGGGCCACGAGUUCUUCGUCGACUAUCAGCCGCACAACAUGGGAGUCUUCUCUCUGUUCGACGAUCUAAAAGACUGGGUAAACGACGGCGGAUCCGCCACGGUCGACUAUGCAAUCGUGGGCUACCAUGCAGACCCUCGUGAUGACCCUCUGAUGCUUGACCACUCCUUGCCUACGGACAAACCUCCUCUGAAGAACAGAGACAUAAUGGCGGCUUUGGAGCUUGUGCUGGACGACCGCAACGAUGAUGAUCCAGGAAAAGACGCGGCCUUGCAAUUUCUCAACGCCGAAGCCAACAAGGACAGCCGAACUUUCACGUAUGGCGUACUCCGUAACGUCCGUUUCGACCGGGACAGCGUCCAACAUCUGGACGCUCCGUCCAUCAAGCUCCAGGAAGACGUGUACUCGCAUCAGCCGAUUGCAGUUGGACUAGACACGCUGGACGCACUGGCAGCAUAUCUGCAUGUUGCCCUCAAAGGCAAUACCUCCAACCAUGCGCAGAAUCUCUUGAGCCAGAUUGUCAUGCUGGUCGCGCGAGAAGACGAUGUUGACACUCAGCGCAAAGCAGCGGAUCAAGUCGCGAACCACUCCUGGACCGCUCAUAGAGAGGGCACCGUCUGGCACUUCCCGGAAAAAGAGCAAUGGGACGAGAAGACACCCACCGUCACUGAUGAGCACCGCAUGGCUUUAUCUAAGCUGAAUAAUAUCCAGGCUCAGUUUGAUGCAUGCGUGCGUGAAGAGGAACAGCUUAUCCAAAGACUAUACGGCUGCUGGUGGAAUGCGAUGGGAGUACGCAACCUCCCUACGAAUGUCCUCACAUCACGGCGUGAGAGAAUCCGGGGUGAAGCCAUGGCAACAGGCAACAGACUGUUGACUUUGUCGAACAAGCAGAAGGCAUUGAAGCUGGAAAUUGAACGGGAAAAGACUUCCCUGAAGAACAUCCUUGGAGGAGACGACAAGAGAACGAAGCUUGUCACGACUCCGACUUCUGGGUUUGGCCGACACCAAGACCCAGUUGUCCUCCUGGCUGGCGCCAAAUCUGGAUGGCCAGCUGACUUCUCAAAGCCGCUGCCCGUUCGCCUUGCCUCUGAAAUUGCCGUUGGCGAGCUUCCAUGUGACGGUCACCAGUGGAUUGAUAACCGUAUGACCAACAUCGGAGAGCCCCUGAAGGCGAUACUGCGCGAAUUCGGCGAGAUCGACGACAAGAAGCGACGAGAGGGAAAUUGGCGCAAGAGUCCGUACGUCGGCAUCGAAGAUAUGAAUCACACCCAGGGAUGGUUCCCGCUCUUCAUCGAAUGGGAGAUUGAGUACUACCACAUUCCCUUCUCCAACUGGGACUUUGUGGCCUCAGACGACGAGAGCGGCCGCUGGCGAUGGAUCAUCCCGGAAGACAGAAGGCUUGCCCUCGACUUAGGGGCGGCAAAGGACUGCCGCCGGAUUCGAGGACGGACGGCGUUUCUGCCACAAGCAGCGUCGAUGCUGCAUGCACGCUUGGAACAGCUCUUUUCUCAGACAACGGACAAGGAAGUCUUGGCUCGGAAAGAUGAAGUCUUGAACAAGCUGUCUUCUUUGGACUACUUUUCGGCUCCCCUGUCUGGAUUAACGGACCAUCUCCUGACGCUUCGACGCGGGCCUAAUCAUCGCCCAAGUGCUGCGUCAUGCUCCAACGACGACAUCAUCAAGAGUAUUCUCGGUACUAACACAGACGUUCUCAGCAGAAUAGAGGGUCUGGCGCCAGAGCUGGCUCCUUACGGCGCAUCACCAACGGCCGUAUGCCCGCCUGGUUACUGGCUCGACAACAACACCGCCUUCAAGCCCGUCAUGCAUGGCCAAGCUCGCUUUACACGGCUUGUUGUGGUGGACAAGUUUGGGCAGAUUGUCUCGGGCCUUCGUCCUACCGUAUACGGAGACAAUGGCGAAGGAGAGUCCUCAGCGCUGUACCCGUGCCUUUCCCCCAGCCUGACGUGUGGCAGCUAUCAGCUGGAAGACAAUCUAAAGGGGCAUUACUGGCCAAACACAGUUGUAAAGACUGACAACGGCCCCAACUUGUGCCAGUUCUUCCAGCUUCCGCCUCGCAUCAACGAGAACGCUCGCCUCAACGGCCGGUACUUGAUGCCAGGCGGCGAGAUCCGUCGCUCGGCUACGGAAUGGGACAACCCCAUCUGGGCGUGGCUGGUGACCAACUUCCAGAACCACUCCAUCCAGGUAUAUGAUGGCGAGGGCCACUUUAUACAAGAAAUUGUCCUCAUCGACGAUGACGAUGCUGCCAAGCGCCGCGUCGUCUUCACCAUGGGCCCCAAGUCUGGCGGCCAUGCACUCACGGCCACAGGCCGACUAAUAGAGCUGCUGGAAUCCCUGAAGAAUGAAGAGUUUGCCUAUUCACUGUUUGACAUGAUCGGAGGGGCGGCGGAGGGCAAUUGGCGCUCUUCAAGUGCGAGCCUCGACGACAUGUUGCCGGCUGCGUUUGGGCGCCCCUUUUGUAUUGCCGACGUUGGUAUCUCCAUCGAAUUGGCUGCCCCGGCACUGUAUGACGCGUCUCUUCUUUCAAAGCCUCCAACCUCCGCAGGACUAGCAAGCGUUCUUGAUUACGAGUUUCCCAUUGCCAUGGGCAACCACACGGCUGCCUUCGAUGGCCUUGUAGGCACGUUUCCCGCCAGCGGUCCCAUUACCACAAGCAACAUCUCGACAGCGUAUAGUCGGUGGGCCAGCCAGCAGGCAACAACGCCUAAUGAGACUUACACUUCUUCAGAGGCUCGGCCUCAGCCACUGCGAGUGAAGCCGUAUUUCGUUGCGGGAGACACGGGCAGCAUCGACGGCGAAGAUUUCGCAAAGGCACACGAUGCACGACUCUCACAGAGUUGCGUCAGCGCGAUCAUCGAUGCCAAAUUGCCGAUUCACCUAUACUCGGGCUCACUGUUUCCCAUGAUUGAGCUCAGCCUGCCGCGGUGGCCUGUUGACAUGGCGUUGAGCAACAUGCAGGCGUUCUUUGCCGUUGGUCCAACGCUGGUCCCGGAGAAGCCCGUGAUGGAAGUCCGCAUUGCAGCGGAGCCGGGAGGUGAUGUGACGGUGCCAAAGGAACUGUCUAUCCAGAUGCCGGCGGCGAGCGACGCUGAUGCUUCAUGGCGUUGGAUGCAGCCGAGACUGGACGGCGUCAAUCCCGAUCUCGACGACGAUGAUGAUGAUGAUGACCAUCUGCUUGUUGCCAAUACGGAGUGGGAUCCCGCGUUGAUCAAGCCCUUGGACAAGACUUUGAAGGUUGAAGAUGCAGCGUUGAGUGAGAUUGUGGAGGGGUACAUCAUGGUCAAGUCAAAGGGGCGAGCCCAAUGGCUUCAGUAA